GUCGCAGCGUCAAAAUCGAACCUGGUGGUGGACAUCGAGCCAAAACGACAGACAGCCGUGAAACUAGGAGAGAGUCUGCAAAUUUUGUGCAGAGUCGGUAGACCACUUCGAGUCUGCCGUGUCGAGAUACCUGGCGAGGAUAGUGGUAUGGUGUUGUCUAAGGGGCAAUUGCCCGAAGAUGGUAUCGAGUACUAUGGAGAGGGUACCGAGGCGGGCCAAUGCGGGGUUCACAUCGCCAAGAUCAAGGAGAGCCACGACGGAAUAUUCAAGUGCACUCUGACAACCACCGAUAGUCGAGCGGAGGCCCAGGCAUCCGUGAAGAUCAUUGUGGCCAAACCGCCGAAUAAUCCGGAGCUUCACUCUAGCCAUGGCGCGCACGGAAGGAACAUAUACAGGAAGGGAGAAAAAUUGGAAGUGAGUUGCAGCGCACCAGCCGGACGACCAGCGGCGAACGUUUCUUUGUUCCUUGACGACGAGCCCAUUGGCAACGAGGAGAGACCUACGAUUUACGACUCGAACGUGGACGACAAUUCGUUGGCUGUACAGAACGCAUCGCGCACCUUGGAUUGGACGGACAAUGGAAAAAUUCUCAAAUGCAUCGCCAGUCACAUCGCCCUCGACCAGCCUAAAGAAACUACCAUGCAACUGCUAGUGUACUAUCCUCCUCAACCGCAGCCAACCAUCGAGCGUUUUGGAUACGUAAUUGGACAUCAAGGGAUCGUAAACGUGACCGUUUACGCGAAUCCUAGGCCGCGUUUCUUAUGGCGAGUGAACGAUGAAAAGAUCACCGAGGGUAGUCCAGACGAGAGCAACCGUCUCGAGACCUCGACCGCUGUGGAUCUGGGAAGAGGAGCGUGGAGUGUGAUCCUGUCGAUCAACAACGUGCAGAAAUCCGACACGGAGAAGGAAUACAUUCUGGAAGCCCGUAACGACGAAGGGGCUUACGAAUAUCGUAUCGUUUUGUCGACAUCCACAGAACCCGCAGGCGUCGAUUUAGAUGCUGGUUCCAUCAUCGGCAUUGUGGUCGGGGCCCUGGUGCUACUUCUCAUCGUUUUCAUACUAAUCUUUGCUCGCGCGACCGGACGCUGGUGCUUCGCAGCGAGGCGUCGGGGCGACGAGGAAGCUGCGAGCGGUGUCGGCGCCGGAAGCGAGGCGCACAUCACCCCCGGGGACGAGGACGACGAGGAUCACGAGGACCCGCGUAUCAUCGAUGAAAAAAUACCGCAGGGUGGCCAGGAGAAUCCGAUACACGCGAGCACGGAAUACGUGAACGGGCGCACGGACGUGAAGGAGCCGAAGAAGGACGAGAAGACGGACACGCCUGUUUAAAGACCGAUCAUGCGUUCGAUGAUCGUUCCUUCUUCAGCCGCGGAAAUAAGCUGUCACCUCUCUCGUUUCGGUUCCACGACCCUUUGCAACCGAUCUUUAAUCACGUGAAAUAACGUGCUCCCGGACAUCCUGUGUCCCGUGGUGCACGUGAAGUCGUGCCGGUUGGAUCGAUAUCGCCGAGCUAGAUCGGGUUAUCCGAAAUGGAUUAACGCGCUUUGUUUAAUCGUAAAAGUGAAACCGAGGAAAUCGAGUCGCAGCCAGAAAUUAUAUCGCUGUUUAGAUCGAUGUUUACCAUUGUCAGGCGAAAUUAUACGAUUCAGAUUAUGCCGUGAUUCGCAUAUAAAUGGCUAUUAAGCGAUACGAUGAUGUACGACGUUAGAAAUUUAAUAGCCGAUCGAUGCUUCUUUAUUGCGAAGGAAAUUGGAUAUUUUAUCGACGCCGAUUCGAUCCAACAACGCCAGGGGACAAAGGCGUCGCGCGAAAUUUUUCAUCCGAUUUCGAGGCUGCUCCAUUCGAGCGAAUCGAAUAAUCGCAAAUCGGGACGUUACGUCACGACACGCGGGAGAGAUUGCAAAGGGUUGGAAAUUCAAAAACGGAGAGGUGCACGUGUCGUGCCUCCAUCUCGCACACGUGUUCAUCCCUGAGUCUCGCCACACGAAUCUCAUUUUAGUACACUAAGACGAAUCUCCUUUUUAUUUUUAUGUUUAUUUUUAUUUCUAUUUUUAUUUUUCUUCUUCCCGUUUCUUUCAUCACACGACUAUUGCGUAUUUAUUUACAAGCGACACACGAGUAUUAAUAAUUUCGUCGUCGAAUCUGCCGAUUUCGCGCGACAACGUGUCAAACUGAAUCUCGCGAUAGAUCUGAUCCGCUUAUCCGUUCCGCUUCCUUGUUCUUCUACGAUUUCGUCUGUUUUCGAUGGCAACCGGUUGUAGCCGGAAACAAGAUUCUCCGCUCGUGAGAAAUGAUCGGGAACGAUCCCUCAAUGCCUCGUUACGCAGUCGCUGAGCGCGAACGAUUUGGUCUCCCUGUAACCGCUGUGUAACUUUUGUAAAUAGCAUUUCGACGCGACCCACUGUCGUCCAAUCUGCGGUUUUUACCGUCUUCUCUUUCUUCUCGACGACACAUUACACACAGAGACAGAUACACCCGCGCGCACACACAUACCGGAGAAAAUUCGCUUCGAUCGAGUUAUUCACACUAAUUACUAAUCGUACAACAAAGCGUCGUCAUGCGAUCGCGUAGCCUCCGGAGGAUCGGUCUUUUAACGAAGAGAACGAGGAUUAUAGCAGUCGUUUCUUCAACGAGAAAUUACUCAGCGAUAGUUCGUUAAGAUUUAUUGUCAACGACCAUACUCGUUCUCGUCCUCGGGGAGUCUGAACGAUCGGAAUAUCGUUAAGUUAUCGUUGUUAGGUAUCAAGUGUUUGCGAGCUGUCCUCGAAUUAUAACGUUCUACUCUAAGCGAAUCCGCGUAAAAUCGAGUUUCCCGAGAGAGAGAGGGAGAGAAAGAAAGAGAG